UGCCGCCUCGCGCACUUCCGGGUGUUGUCUCCUGCCGCCGCCUGGCGUCUCCGGUCUCCCGGCCGCCGCCGCCGCCGCCUCGGGUCCUGGAGCCAGGAGCAACGUCACCGCCAUGGCCGGCAUCAAAGCUCUGAUUAGUUUGUCCUUUGGAGGAGCAGUCGGGCUGAUGUUUUUGAUGCUUGGAUGUGCCCUUCCAAUAUACAACCAAUACUGGCCCCUCUUCGUUCUGUUUUUUUACAUCCUUUCACCUAUCCCAUACUGCAUAGCAAGAAGAUUAGUGGAUGACACAGAUGCUAUGAGUAAUGCCUGUAAGGAACUUGCCAUAUUUCUUACAACAGGCAUUGUUGUCUCAGCUUUUGGACUUCCCAUUGUUUUUGCCAGAGCACACCUGAUUGCAUGGGGAGCCUGCGCCCUGGUUCUCACAGGAAACACAGUCAUCUUUGCGACUAUCCUAGGCUUUUUCUUGGUCUUUGGAAGCAAUGACGACUUCAGCUGGCAGCAGUGGUGAAAAGGAAUUGCUGAACUCUUAUAAAACAAACUUCUUGUCGCUCUUUGGCCGUCCAUGCAAACGAGAUGGGCAGUAAUGCUGAACGGUGUAGCAGGCCUCUCGGGGGUGUUCUGGGUGCUCCCUCUCCGCUGUUAUUGUAAGCAUCCUGUUUUCACAGAGACUUGCUGAAGGAUUAAAAGGAUUCAUUUCUUUUGGAAAAGCUUGACUGAUUUCACACUUAUCUACAGUAUGCUUUUUGUGGUGUCCUGCUGAAUUUAAAUAUUUAUGUUUUUCCUAUUCAUUUUUUUUUUUAAUAAAUAUGCAAUGCUAAAGUUUUUUUUUUAAUGUAAUAACUAUUUGUAUUGGUUAGGAAGUCAGAAUUCUGCUGGCUGUGUUACUGGGUUAAAGUACAUCUUUUCUCAAGAUUAUUCAACCUCGAUUAUUAUAAAAAGUUACAAAAAUGAGUUUUUCAAUCAGGAUGACAUCUGUCCCGAUUUUAUGCAAACAUGGAGACCGUUGGCAUACCUUAAGAGUAUAUACUAAGUGCAAAUACAGUUGCAUUUUUACCUCAGAGGGGCCAAGUAUUAAUGCCACACCCUCAAUAAGGGUUGAUGGUUUUACUAAUAGCAGGUGUUUUGUGAAUUCAGAAUUAUUUUGUGGAAUUGCUACAAAGGUGUGCUUUUCUUUGCAAUCAUUAGAAGAACUCACUGUUAAACUUCAAAGUAAGGGUGUGAAAACCAAUUUUUGAGAUGUGAUUUGUAUGUUUCUCGUAGUUGAAGUCGAAAGAAUGAGUUGCAUUGUGGGAAGAAACACCUGUCAAAAUUCCAUGUUUUUGAAUCAGGUUUCUAGGGAGGAGUGACAGUUUUUGAUCUUCCAUCAGCCUUCCAUGUUUUACCAUGGAUGACAUAGGCAGACAGGGAACUCCUCCUGAGGGACAGCUGUGUGUUUGCAUCACCCAUACCAGAAAACCUGUCCCUGACUCCACCUUCUAACCUUUUUAUACAUUGUAUAUAUUAAGUAAAACAACUUUCCAAAUAUAGUUUAAUAACACUUAAAGUUAGGAGUGUUUAACUUACCUGAAAAGUAAUUGCUAUGCCAUAACGUUCAGAGUGCCCCCGCCCCGCAAGGCCUUGGCAUGAUUCACAAGAGAUGUGUUAGUCUCGCAGGUAAUCUGUGUGUUAACAAUUUCAGGUCUAGACCGUGGUAAUUGUAGUUGUUCUUCUCUAAGGUUAUAUCAUAUGUCAUGUGAGAAUAUUUAAGACACGUUUCCUGUAUAUCUCUCAACUAUUUUGAUUUUGAUUUCCUUAGGAUAGAUGAGCUAUUUCCUUAUAAAAGGCAUUUAGUUGUGUGAAUUAAUGCAAAAUAGCCAAGUCCAGCUGUAUAGCAGCUUCAGACACAAACCUGACCAAAAACUCCCCAGUGCCCAGGCAUGAUCAAAUCGUAGUGGUCAUUUGCAUCUCACAGUUAUCAGUACUUUUUUUCAGGAGCUGGUUAUGACAGUGUUCAAGUUGGCCUGACAGUAUUUUGUUAAGGGUAUUGGUUUGUGUAUUUAUUCAUUGUACUUACCUAAAAAUGGUUUUGCCUUUAUACAAAACUGCAUAAUCAUGACAGCUACCUUCUGUUGUUUUGUAAAGCUGAUUUCUUAACAAAGUAGGGACAAAUUUUGAGUUCAUUCAGCUUUUUACUAACGAUGCUUAAAACCAUAGAUGGUAUUGCCUACUCCAGGUUGUUAAUUUUAGCCAUGAGAUGGGAAGGAGAAUUAAAGGUAUGCCGGUGGCUGUACCAUUUACACAUCAGGCUGACAAUGGCUUCAGUGUUAGAGUGUUCUACACUCCAGUGAUCCUACAUGAAAAAGAGAGUUCAGUUACCCGUGAAUGAGACAGCUGGUGAUAACAACUGGGAACUCUGUGCCUGCGAUCUACUUGAUUUUUUUGCAGGAAGUACAUUGUUUCUUCCCCAUUUUCUGGUCUUCUAGAAUGCCAGUGCAGUGCACUGCUACUGUGGAUUCACUUGGCCAUAGACCCUUUUUCUAACAGCUGCAUAUUCUUUCCCUGUACUAACCGCAUAGACCGCACUGUGUCUUUGAUCUUGCACACUGGCUUGACCUAGUGCUGUCUCUGAUUUUUAGGCCACUCUCUCGGGGUAUGAAUUUCCCAUAGAAUAUGCACUGAUACAGCAUUGCCAUUCUACUAUGGAAAGAAAACUUUUGAUGAUGAAACAAUAAAGAUUUUAAAUAUCUUUUAGUUUGUGGGUGUUUUUGAAACGAAAAUACACUGCACCCUUCAGUUUCUGAGGUGCGUUAACCUUUCGAUAAGGUACCCUGAAGUGAGUGUGACAUUAGUGAUAACGUUAGACUUGCAGGUGUUUCACUGCCAAAUUAAAAUCAAAGCCAUAGCAGCACAUACCACAGUGAAUCCCUCUGGCUUAACAACAGGACCGGUGAUCUGAGGAAGCGGAAUUUCCACCUUUUUGUGCAAACAGUCACAGGUUUUGGUGACAUGAAAAGACUACUAACUAUUUAAAGUCAAAGUCCUGUUCUUAAAAUUUCAGAGCUUUGUUGUGGUCAUAUGUUUUGUUAUAUAUUCAUUACCAUUCCUCAUAAGAGCAACAUUUUGGGCUUUUUUUUGUGUGUGUGUGUCAGUUAAAAACUUACUCUAUGUGGUACCAUGUGAACAGAGAAAAGUAUUCUUUUAUCAAACAUGAAUCUUGUCCCAAAUUGUCUAAAUUUUCAUAUCACUAUAUGCUUAUAAAAAGCUUAGAUUGUAGGUUCUUAGUGUCUGCUUCAACAUGGGUGUUUUUUUUGGGGGGGGGAGGGGGCAUUGUCAAAAUAAUCCAGAUUUUGAAAGUAAACUCUAGAAUAUUUAUACUGAAUGUGACUAAAUCCAUAAGCCUCAGAUGACUUUAAAUCAGUGCAUCAAACUUAACAAGCAGUCAUGCAGGGUUAUUUUUAAAUGAUAAGUAAGUUUGCUAUCUCAGGAUGCCUUACGAUGCAUGAAGUUGGUGGAAAAUUCAAAUUCACAUUUCUUCCAUACAAGCCUGGUUUGUCCUUUUAUCUCAGUGGCGAUUAGGGAGCUCUCAUACAGGCCUCCUGACUGUCUGGCAUACAGUGGACAUAUCCUGUAAAUAAAUAUUCCAGAUAACUGAAGCUUAACUCAUAAAGAACUAAUGUUUGUUUUAUUUUAACAUUUUAACAAAAGUAUUAAAUGGAUCAUACACUUGCAUGCUUUCUUAGACUGUAUUAAAACACAUUUUAAUUUCUCUUGAUAAUUUAGGGUUAUCAUUAUAAAUUAUUGCCCCCUCUAUUUUAAAUGGCCUCAGACCUGUAUUUUUCUGGAAUUGUGUUUUUUGCUGGCUUUGCUUACAACUGAAUGUUUGUUCCUAGCACCCCUUACCUUCUUUUGUUUCUAAUUUGCUGAUCUACAGUAUGUUAGAAAGGAUGGUACCAACUUCAUAAGGUGGUUGUAAGGUUUAAGUGACACACACAGGGCUCACAGAGAUUGUUAAAUAAUAGCUGUUGUUACUUUUGCUGUUUAUUACCAGUUCCCUCUACAGGGCCUCUAUGAGUCGGAAUUGACUCGAUGGCAAUGGUUUGGUUUUGGUUCCCACUUCCCAGAUACAUAGAAUCUUUAUUAAAAAAAUAGAUACUAACAGUCCAGUCUUCAGAGAAUAUGAUGUAGAUGCAGAGUCACUCUGCCAGCCUUCCGAUACUUCUUGGAAAUGCUGUAACCACCGUGUCCUCGGUCGU